AAGCAACACUGUAUGAGGAUUUUACUAAUAUCUUGAAGAUUUUUUAAUACUGCCUUUUAGUUAAGAUGGCGAUUCGGAAAUGUUCACACGCAAACUAAAUAUUAGAGAUUAUUAUAUUACGGUUAAACCAGAAAAUAUACAUAUAAUAAAUUGUGAAAUAAAUUUAACAAAUUCAAUACAAUUUUAUUCAUUGAUUGUUAUAUAAAAAAUACUCAGAGAAAAUCUAAUAGUAAUAAAGUGAUUUUUGGCUUUAUUAGGAGUCUAUGCGUGCUAUGAAAAGUUCAGUGUUUUGUUAAAUAAUUAAAUUAAAAUAGCGAAAAUUGUGUAUGAAAAAGAAAAAAAAUUAAAGGAAAAUUUACAAGGUGUGUUUUUAAUUUCCAAGUAAAUGGCAAAUGAUUAACAAGAAAUAGUUAAGUGAAACGCAAAGCGAAAAACAAAAAAAUAAUAAAAUAAAUAGUAAAAAAGAAGAACCACAUACUACUACAAUACAAAAUAAAAAAAGAGAAAUACAUAAUAAAAAUUUAUACCUAUAAAGUUUAAGAAAUAAAGUUGUUUACAUGAUAAAGUGAGGUGUAUUAAAACGUGCGGUAAAGGGAGAGGAAGUUAAACUUAAGAAAGCGGCUAAUACUAGUAGUGAAUUUAUUGUGUGUAGUGUCUGUCUGGGCAAUAAUAGUAACAUAAACAACAGCAAGCACUACACAACGGAUACAACGCUUAAAGCAAUAACAACAACAACAUCAAUAAAAGUUACACUUAACAACCAAAUAACUGAAAAGGGUUACAAGAAACAAAUGUCAAUGGAAAAUCCCAAUACUUUUGUAUAAAAACGUUUUAAUUAUAAAUUCAGAUGGGUCACCGUUUUAGUAAAACUGCUGCAAAUAAUAUUGCUGCUGCUAAAACAACGACAACAAAAGAAAAAACAUUUAAUACAACAACAACAAAUAUAAUACCAAUACCUAACGGUAAUCAACAGCAAUUUGUAGGACCCACUAUAAAUUUACAAAUACAAGAGAGUCCUACUACCUGCACUAGCAGUACGUCGACCAGUGAUAAUAAUCUUAUAACAACAGCUGGUAUUUUACAACAACAGCAACAACAACAAAAUAAUAAUAAUAGUAUUAGCAGUAGUUUAACAUCAGUUAAUAAUUUAUCGUGUGGUCGUCAGAUAAUCAUUAAAAUUCAAUUGGCUAAAAUGGAAAACGGAAAUGAAACAUCAACAUCAUCAUCAUUAUCAUUAUUAUCUCAACAACAACAACUGCAACAGGACACUUCCUUGGAAAGUUUAACAGCUGAUUGUAAUCUCAAUUCAACCGAAUUAUCCACAACAGUAACAGCAGCCGGUACACAAUUCUUAAAUCUUACCUUGAAUAGUAAUUGUAAUGCUAUGCCAAAUCCAGCUACACAAACAACAAUAACAACAUCAUCAUCUACAACAACAUCUUCAUUAUCAUCAUCAUCUGCUUCUUCGUUAUUUAGAACUGCUGGCAGUUCUUUAAACCGAAAUAAUAAUUAUUUGAAUUCAAAUAGCGGCACGAGUGUUAACGUUGGCAGCAUUAGUUGCGCCAUGUCCAGAAAUGAACGGCCGGAACGUUUUAAUUCUUUACAAUUUAAUGAUGAAAUUGUUGAACAAAAUAUUGGAGAAAUAGUGGAGUAUUGUGAAGUUUUAGAAGAUCAUCAUCAUCAACAACAACAACCGCAGAUAAGUAGUGCUACGCAAAUGCUAUCAAUUAAUGAAGAACCAGAUAACGAGGCAAAUGUUUGCUGUCGACGUAAAUCAAAGUCUUUGGCAGCGAAUGGUGGAAGUUCAAUGUCUUCUAGCAACAAUAAUAAUACGGGUGCUAAAACGAAAAGUCGAUGUCGUAAAUGUAGUUGUCGCGAUGCAUUCAGACGCUUUUUAGAUCCCUCACUAUCAAGAUCAUCCAAUAAGGCCAGCAAACAGCAGCAGCAAAAAGAACAAAAGCGUACCAAAUCACAAGACAGACAUUCCAUUAAUAAUCCUCUGGUUAAUAGUAAUAAUACUAAUAAGCCACCACUACAACAACAUCGUAAUUCCAUGCAUUCCACCACCAUGAGCACAAAUACCACAUGCCCCCCAACAACAGCAGCAGCAACAGCUGCUGCUAUUGUUGUACCCCCUGCAGUAAGCAAUCAAGUAUCAUUGUGGGGUCCCGCCACUACUACCAAUGGCAAUGAUGUUAUUAUACCCCUAACAACACCAACACCACCACAAUUUGUUGUGGUCCAGUGUGCUAUAGUAAAUCCCUCGAAUGCAGCUCUUCAUCCCCUACCCAACACAAACAACACCUCCAAUUCCAGCCUAACAACCAACAACAGUCCUGCUAUGACACCCUCUACAUCAGCAUCCUCCUCCUCUAAUGAUUUAAUGGUUAAAGUUCCUUCGAAUACAACAAGGCCGACUGCAGCUGGUAGCGGCACAUCUGGUCCCAUUGUACACUCUCAAGUAGAUUUUGUGCAUUAUUUGGUGCCCGAUUUGGAACGCAUAACCAACUCUAGUUUCUACUGGGGUAAAAUGGAUAGAUAUGAAGCUGAACGUUUGUUGGAGGGUAAACCCGAGGGUACAUUUUUACUGCGCGAUUCGGCCCAAGAGGAAUUUCUAUUCUCAGUAACGUUUCGCAAAUAUGGCCGCUCCUUGCAUGCUCGCAUCGAACAAAGUGAACAUCGUUUUAGUUUUGAUUGCCAUGAUCCAUGUGUUUUUACCGCACCCACUGUUACCGGCCUGCUGGAACAUUAUAAGGAUCCUGCUUGUGUUAUGUUCUUUGAACCCAUGCUUACCAUACCGCUGCACCGUAAGAAUUGCUUUUCCCUGCAGAAGCUGUGUCGUGCCACAAUUGUCUCGAAUACCACUUACGAUGGUAUCAAUGAAUUAGAAUUACCGGCACGUCUGAAGUCGUAUCUAAAGGAAUAUCACUACAAGCAAAAGUUACGCGUCAAAUCCAAUGAACCCACCUACACCAUACACUGUAAAUAGUGUGAAGAUAUAACGGCUAAUAUGAGCCGUCAACAGCAAGAAUUUCUACCCAUAACAACGUAUCACAAGGCCUAUCAUGUGGCCAGAUAUCAAUAUGAACGUGAUACAUAUCAUCAGCGUUUAAUAAAAUGGUAUGAUGACAAGUUGCGUUCAUUGGAGGAACACAAACAAUCGCACACCAAUAAAUGUGUGAUUUUCUAAAAAUAAACAAACUAACAGACAGAAAUACCCUCAUAUACCCCAUACCCCCCAAAUGGAAAUUUAACAUCAUCCUCAUCAUAUUCAUUUCAAUACAGAUUUUCAUUCAAAAAAAUUUUUUUUUUUUUGUUAUUAAAUUUGUGUGCAGUAGUUUAAGUAUACAUACAAUAUUAUUAUUAUACAUAAAUAUUUAUAUAUAAUAUACCUACAUAUUUAGUAGUACUAUAUAUUAAUUAAAUAAAUUAUUUAUUAUUCAAUUGUAUUAUGUAUCAAAUAUAGACAGACAAUCCCCAGUGAAUUAUUUUAUAUAAGGCAAAACAAAACAAAAAGCUAAAUUGUAAACAAAACAAACCUAACUUAUAAAAAAGCAAAAAUUAAUAUUUAUAAAAAUAAACUAUAAAUAACAUAAAAUUAAUAAUCAAAAAUAUUAUAAUUAAUAGUUCCCUACCUAAUGUAUUUGUAUUACAAUAUAAACAAAACUUAAGUAAAUUAUAUAGAAAACAUUUAUAGUAUUAAGUUAGAAAAGACUUGUAUUUUUUUGUCGUCGUCUCGUCAUCGCUCUACAAAACAAAACAACAAAAUUCUCAUAAUGUUUAAAAAAAAAAAUAUUUAUUUUGAAAAAAUAAAAAACCAAAUUUUGUUUUUUUAGUGUACAAAUAUUACACUGAUUACCUUAAGACAA